GUGGAGUUCGAUAUCCUCGGGAGGAGCGGACGCGUCUGUGCACCCCCGCGGAUACCUCGUCUGCCGGCUGCAGCAUCAACGCCUCGCCAUGAUUAAUCCUCACUAUAAGCCAUUCUCUCAUCAUGAAUUCAUCUGACUUCUUCGCUGUGUGGCUUCGGAGCGUUUGUUGUCGUAUCGCUUUUCCCAUCUACCCUGAUUGAGCUUGCCAUCCUCGUCCCCUUCCACCAUCACAAUGCCCUUCUCUUCGCCAUUCCCCGUACUUGACAUUCCAAAAUGUAAUCUGCUCGAUUACCUGUUUCCCCAGGAAGUAGCGCCUUCGGACACACCAAUUUGGAUCGACUCUAAAGUUACCGACCAGCACCUGACACCACGGUCGCUGCUGCAAUGGUCGAAACGACUGGCUUUGGGUCUGGAUCGUAUUGGGAGUAAACCAGGCGAGGUGGUCAUGAUCUUCACACCAAACCACAUCUUCGUUCCCGUAGCCUACCUUGGAAUUGUGGGGUCGAAGCGGAUCUUCAGCGGUGCAAACCCAGCAUACACCGUCUCUGAGAUGAUACACCAAGUCAAGAAUACAGAGGCAAAGUUCAUUCUCGCGCAUCCAACCCUCAUCAAAGCAGCCGUAGCAGCAGCAAAAGGCGCAGGUCUCCCAGAAGGUCGCGUCUUUCUUUUCUCAGACGAGCCUUGCGCACCGGUCGAAGGCUGCAAAGAUUGGAGAGACGUGUUACCAUCCCCGGCUGAAAGCAAGACAUACAAUUUCCCGAAGCUUUCAGAGCACGAAGCAACCACCACAACAGCGACAGUAAACUACUCCUCCGGUACCACGGGCCUACCCAAGGGUGUUGAAGUGAGCCACUACAAUCUGAUUGCGAACCUCGAACAAACCAUCUUCAUAAGAUAUCUCAAUAAGCCAUGGAACGCAGGUACCCGGCCUCGGGAAACAUGGAUUGGAUUCCUUCCCCUAUAUCACGCUUACGGGCAACUCUACACCAUAGCCAUGGCACAGAAGCUGCAGAUACCUUGCUACAUCAUGAAGAAGUUUGAGUAUGAGGAGUUUCUGCGGGUGAUUCAAACUCACAAAGUCACACAUCUGCAAGUCGCGCCACCAAUCAUGGUCAUGCUCAGCAAGAGGCCGGAGACGGCAAAGUAUGACCUUGGUAGCGUCACUGAUAUCCUAUGUGGUGCUGCACCACUAUCGAAGGAACUCCAGAAUGAGAUUAGCAAGAAGCUACAAUGCGAGAUCGUCCAAGGCUGGGGUAUGACGGAGGUUACUUGUGGAGCCAUACACGUACCAGGAGGUACUGUAGAUGACUCCGGUAGCGUAGGUCAGCUAGACCCUAAUUGCGAAUGCAUGCUUCUCGAUGAUGACGGCAACGAAGUCCCUGAAGGACAGCCUGGCGAGCUUCAUGUUCGUGGUCCCAACAUAUGUCUUGGCUACUGGCGCAAUCCAGACGCGACCAAGGAGUCUAUCUCACCAGAUGGAUGGCUCAAGUCUGGAGACGUUGCUAUUGUGAAGAAUGGGUGGUUUUGGAUAGUCGAUCGAAAGAAGGAACUGAUAAAAGUCAACGCUUUACAAGUUGCACCUGCCGAACUUGAAGCCGUGCUCCUCGAAUUCGACCCAAUCGCCGAUGCGGCUGCCGUUGGUAUUACGCUUGAUGGCCAGGAAUGGCCACGUGCAUACGUUACGCUCAAGGACGAACACAAGGGCAAGAUAACCGCAGAGGACAUUCACAGGCACAUGAAGAUCAAGGUUGCAAAGCACAAGCAGCUUGUGGGGGGCAUUGUGUUCGUGGAUGAGGUGCCGAAGCUGCAGUCUGGGAAGAUCAUGAGGAAGGUCGUCAAGGAAUGGGCGAAGAGGGACGCCGAGAAGAUGGGCAAGGCUAGGCUCUAGACAGUACCGUACUAAAGUUUUUAUUUGCGGGCAAUAUCAGUGACAGCAUACCCUCGAC